UGAAUAUGAUACAUAUGGAACAGUUAGAUUGUUGGUAAGAUUUUAUGAUAGUUAUUGUGGAAUUAUCAACAAAGAAUAAGAUUUUCUUUUACCUAUUUUAUAAAUGGGUUAGGAUAAUUAUAUAGAUAUGUAGAACUAUUAAAUGGACAAAAUAAAAUAAAAAAUUAAAUUAGAAAAAUGAAAAAAAUUAGUUGUGAAAGCUUUAUUUAUAUAUAAUUAUAAUUAAUUUUUAAUUUAUCUAAAACUGAAAUUAACUAAAAAAUGAAAAAUAAUAAUUCUGAAAAGUUAUAAAAUUUAUAAUUAGAAAAAUAGAUACCGUGCAGAGAUAUGGAUAAUAACAACAACAAAAAUCAAAAAACUUCUAAAUAAAUAGAAGAAGAAUAAGAGCUUUGCAAGCCGAUAAAAAUACUGAAAAAACAAUUUCAGUGCAAAUUGGAAAACGAUGAAUUUGAUUAAUAAAUCGAUCCUCAAAUGAACGUCGCGAGGAUAAGAAAUAAUUAAAUUCAGGAAAAAAAAUAUUUUGGUCUUAAUGUAUAAGAUCUGUAAAAUAAUUUUUUACAUCAAAUCCUUAGAACAUUGGUUAUGUGUUUCAGAUUUGUAACCGGAUAUAUAAUGUCUGAUGGUAACACUAUUUAAGGCAAUGCUUAAUAACUCAGCAUAAAAGUGUUGAAAGCUUUAAAAAUGGAAAAUGUAAGUCUGUAAAAAGAUAGAAAAAUAACAGACUUUAUUCAAAUAAGAAAUAAGUUCUUGGGGCAUAAUAAUAAUUUUCAUUUGAAUUUUUUGGAACUUGCAUAAAAAUUUUUCCAAUAAUAAAAUUUUAAAAAUUAAUUUGACAGAGAAUUCUAUGAUAUUAUAGUUGGCAUUAUGGUAUCAAAUAUUCCUUUUGAGAGCAUAACAUUCGAUUACGAUCAAUUCAGUGAUCUAUUCGACAGAGAGCUCAUAUUGAAAUAGAACUAGAGGUUCUAAGAUGUAAUUGAUGAAGAUAUGGUCCAUUUAGUAAAUUUUAAUUCUGCAUUUGCUAAUUCAAAAGGUGUGUUCAUAAACUUCGACACUACAUCAUUUCCCUAGGACAGCCAAAAGGAAGAUUACUAGAAUUUUUGUUUCGAGUCGCCAAAUAAAGAAUUAAACAACAGAAACGAAUUUUAGUAAAUGGCUAUUUACGUUCCAUAUAAGAAUAUGAUAAAAAAAAUUAUCAAAUAUCAAUCAGAGUCAGGAAAGCAAUUUGAUAAUAUAGAUGUUUAUAUUACACUUGCAAUAUUGGAAAAAUAAUAUCUAUUUCCUGAAUUCUUGGGUUUCCCUAUGCAUGAUUAUGAGCUGCAAAAUUAUCAUGGAUCGAUAAUUAAAAUAUAAAAAAGUUAUAUCAGGAAUUUUGAUCCUCGAUACCAUGGAAACUAUAAGCCAUACAUAGAUAAUCUUGGAAUUAAAUAAAAUGAUUAUAGAGAAUUCUAAGAACCCUAAAUAUUAGCAAUAAAAUAUAAUAAAUUGAGAUGA